UGUGGUUCGGCACGUGUGUUGUGUCCUGCCUCCCCCAAAUGCCUUUGUAUAUUGUUUACAGCCAUGAUGAGCGUUUGUGCGGAGGCAAGUGAACGACUGCUCUUCAAGUCUCCUGUUGACGCUGUGUGCUGUACUGUAUCACAAACGCAUUAUUUCUGACUCCGGAGAACAGAGCAGCUUUUCAGAAAUGUUUUUCCAUUUUAUCUGGCUCUCUCUCCCCUACUUAGUUAAUGCCUUUGCAACAUCUGGAAAGUUACCGCUUAACAGAAGUUUUGAAGAGCCUUUUGAAAUCCCAAACAUUUCCAGUUUCUUUUCCUGGGAUAACUACACCCUGGCUGACUGGCAGAGCUUCGUGGGCAGGAGCCGAUACGGAGCCGAAUCGCAGAAUCACACAGCAAAAGCCCUGCUCAUCGUGGCAUACUCCUUUAUCAUUGUCUUCUCGCUUUUCGGCAACGUCCUGGUCUGCCACGUUGUGAUCAAGAACAAAAGGAUGCACUCUGCCACCAGCCUGUUCAUCAUGAAUCUGGCCGUAGCUGACAUCAUGAUUACACUUCUCAACACGCCUUUUACGCUGGCUCGUUUUGUGAACAGUACAUGGAUAUUUGGGAAGGGGAUGUGCCACGUCAGUAGAUUUGCACAAUACUGCUCCCUCCACGUCUCUGCCUUGACCCUCACAGCCAUUGCCGUGGACAGGCACCAGGUUAUAAUGCACCCUCUGAAACCUCGCAUAACUACUGCAAAAGGUGUUAUCUACAUCUUUGUAAUUUGGAUCAUGGCAACUUGUUUUUCCCUCCCACAUGCUAUCUACCAAAAGCUCUUUACUUUUGAAUACAGUGAGGAAGUUACCCGGUGCCUCUGUCUCCCAGAUUUCCCUGAGCCAGCUGACCUCUUUUGGAAGUACCUAGACUUAACAACCUUCAUUUUGCUCUAUGUCCUGCCCCUUUUGAUCAUCUCUGCUGCCUACAUGACAGUGGCCAAGAAACUCUGGCUGCGCAAUGUCAUUGGGGAUGUCACCACUGAGCAGUACUUUGCCCUUCGCAAAAAGAAUAAGAAGACUAUUAAGAUGCUGAUGCUCGUUGUCAUCCUCUUUGCAGUCUGCUGGUUUCCCUUAAAUUGCUAUGUUGUCCUUCUCUCCAGCCAGACCAUCCACACCAACAAUGCCUUGUACUUUGCCUUCCACUGGUUUGCAAUGAGCAGCACCUGCUACAACCCUUUCAUUUAUUGCUGGCUCAACGACAGUUUCCGAUCAGAACUGAAGGCUUUGCUCAACAUUUGCAGAAAAUCUCCUGGGCCUAGAGAACAGAGGCUUCCCUCCACAGUCCCAUCCUACCAGCUAGCUUGGCCAGAAAACAGCAACUUCAAGAAAUUGCGUGUCCCCCGUGUCCUUCCAUCAGCCUCCAACAGGCAGUCAGGAAAGACAGACAUCUCUUCAGUUGAGCCAAUAGUCACGGUGAGCUAAAUGGUGCCCCUGGGAAAACUAUAAGGACUUUUUUGGCUAGAGCUGAAACAGUGGGAAGAUGUGGAGCCCUAGACUACUACUAGUGACAGUGCAAGCACACAUCAUGAAACCAACCAGCCCAGCUCUGCAGAAGGUAAUAUGAAAGAAAUACAUCUUUGAUGUAGGCUGAUAAUAAAAGGGAAGAAAGCAGGCUCUUGCUAGGAAGGAACUCUUUAUGUUUCUCAAAUUGCCUUUGGAUCUCUCUGCAUGUAUGUAGCUAUGUUAUCUGCAUGACUAAGCCUUUUUGCCAAUGGGGCUUUGUGUGUGUUUUGCUGGUAUUUAAAUACUAAAGCAACAAUCUAAUCACAUCAAUGAUGCCCCUCCCUCUUCUUUAAGUCUCUUGGUAACAACAUGGGCAACCCAGUGCAAUUGGGUACAAAGAUCUGUUCAGAAAGAAAGAACGGAUCUAUCUGCAGAUUCAUGUUUUUCUUGGUAAUGCCCUCAGAGAGGUGAAGGGUUAGAUAAACAUUGAAAAAUAGAACAUAAGCACUUUUCCUAAGGUAGAGUUGAAAAAAAUGAGAGAAGUGGUGCCUAUUCUUUGCACAAAUUGAUGUUAAACACCGACUUGUUACUACAGCAUCUGUUGGCAAUGCUGUAUCACACAGAAUUUUUCUUUCACAAAAUAGCCAUGAAUUUUCAGAAAGCUUUUCUUCAAAUAGAGACCUAAGCCCCCAAAAUACUUUUGAGAGCACUGGACAUACUGUCCACAGUUAGAACAAUGAUGAUUAAACUCUGUUUUGAGUUUGGAUUAGAACCUUUUGAUCACAGUGUCUCUGCAUUAUUGUUAAGUGAUAGCUAAAGAGUCCCGCAGUUUAACUUUUUAAUUUGUCUUUGCAUGUUGCUCUCUCACCUGCAAAGCACCUGGGUACUUCUCAGAUCAGACAUCUGAGACAUUUCAUCCCCACUAAGAUGUAGGUUCUCUGGAAUGAGUUCAUAAAUUAAUUGCUUUAAGAGGGCAGAUGAUAUCUACGAUAGCAAGUAAUAAAAGGAGAACAUUUCUCUCCAAGUUACCCUCUGGUGAUUGAACAAUUCUGGUGCAUUAAAAGAUGAUUGAGACGUGUCCUUCAUUGAGUCACUAUGUUAAGAAAUUGAUAUACUGGCUAAAGUAGUUUGCAGAAUGUGAUGUUCUGAGCAGCAGAAAAUCUGAUUCUGAACAAGGGGGGAAAAAAGGACAUUCCAAAAAUUGUAUCUGGUAUUGCACUGGAAAGAAACAAUUUUCUCUAUUCUGUGGAAAUUAGUUUGAAUGUCACACUAGGGAGCCCCAUUCCACAUUCAACUUGUAGCACCUAGGGGUGAAGUGAGAAAAACCUUCCUUUCUUUAAACGACUAUAGAUGAAAAAAAGAGAAACUAUUCUUCGCAAUGUCCUGUAAUAAAUUUAGAUUUCUGAAAUCAUUUCAAGGCUUGUGAAGGUUUUUCACACAUGAAAGAGAAUAAAACAACUGCCAUUUCUUGCAGCUAGCCUGUCUUUCCACACCUCUGCAUGCCUCACUUCCUCUGUGUUCCCUUGCUUUUUCUUUCACAGGUAUUAUGUGUAGCUUUGAAUUCAGUAUUAUUCAGUACUUUGAAUUCAGUAUUAUAUUAUCACUUCUUUAUUAAGCACCCAGGAUGUGCAAAAGCAAAGCUUUCUUCCUACCUGCUUUGAUCCCGAAUGUCAAGUCCCAUUCACUCCCUUAAUAUUAGCAAUAUGUCAGCGGGAGGACCCAAACACAGAGAGCCCAUGAUCCACACUCCCCAAGCUAAUGACAGUAGAUCCUGACUCUUUUCCAGCAAAUAAACCUUUGGGAAUGUUAAAUAUCUAACAAAACUGUUACCAUAUACUUAGAAGCAGUGGUGGAAUAUUUUUAGAACCACAGUAACCUUGGAUAUAUUUUGAACUGUUAUAAAUCAAAACAAUUCCUUAAUUCAGUUGCUCAAAAUGUAGCCCAUAUGUUCAGUAUAAGUUUUAGAUUAAUAUGCCAAAGCAUGUGAGAGAAGCUGGGACCUAAGCCCAUUUCUGCUCCAGAAGAAAGAGAGGUGAUGGAGUGUUGGAAAUCCCCCCUAACAUUAGCGUGGGAAGUUAGCCCAUCCCUUCCAAAAUCUGUUCAGUGAACAUUAUCCUUUCAUUUUUCCUUUUGCCUCUCCCUUCCUUGUAAUUAUGCAGCUCUGGUUUAAUUUCAGAGUCCCUCAUAACCCCCCUGUGGCCAUCCUUAUCACUUUUUAACUAUUCUAACUUCUCUCUUGGGUACUUAAAUAUUUCCCCAAGGGAAGAGAAAAUGUGUGUGUUCAUAUACGUGCAAGGGAUGAAGCAACAACAUAGCUGUUGCAUUUGGUUCCCUCUGUCAAAAGAAAAAUAGUCUGUGUUUACAUGCAGUUUAUAGGAACAAGUGUUCUCUCAGUGGUAGCAAAGGGGAGGGAGAAGAGAGCUGAAGAGAAAGCAUAGAGGGAAGGGAUUGUGUGAUAGUGGCAGGUAGCAGGAUGGAGAAGAUUAGGACACAGACACGGGACACAUGGCAAAGUGGUGGCAUGAGGAAAGGAGAUACAUGGAGACUAUGCUAUCAUCUUCCCACCUUACUUUUGUCACAGAUUUUGUAAAUUUUGAACCAAACCAUUUCAAUGAUUAUGUAUUUGUUAUUUUGUACUCAUUAAUAAAAAUCUUCAACUAA